AUGGCACCUCCCAUCUAUGUAAAGGGUGGUGUUUGGACAAAUGUGGAAGAUCAGAUUAUUAAGGCGGCAGUAUCAAAGUACGGGUUAACACAAUGGGCUCGUGUAGCGUCGUUACUACCGAAGAAAACAGCCAAGCAAGCGAAAGCUCGAUGGAAUGAAUACUUGAAUCCCCUUAUUAACAGAACGGAUUGGACAAAAGAAGAAGAUGAGAAACUUUUGAGCUUAGCCAAGCUUAUGCCUAACCAGUGGAGAAGCAUAUCUCCUAUAAUGGGUAGGACAGCCACGCAAUGUGUGGAAAGGUAUCAAAAACUUUUAGAAGAGGCGGUAAAAGGCGAAGAUAGCGAUAGAAGCGAUGACGAGGAUUUGAAACUUACUGGUCCUGGGAUCGAGACACUUCCUGCUCUCGGAAAUGCCUUUGAAAGUUUACCAUCGCGACCGGACUUGGAGGAUAUGGAUGAUGAUGAGAGGGAAAUGCUUUCAGAGGCGAAGGCAAGAUUGGCUAAUACUCAAGGUAAAAAGGCAAAGCGGAAGGAUAGGGAAAGAAUGUUGGAAGAAAGCAAACGUAUUUCAUUGCUUCAGAAGAGACGUGAGCUCAAAGCAGCUGGUAUCAAAGUCAGUUUGGAGCUGAAAAAUCGAAAGAAAAGACAAGCUUUUGAUUACAACGCUGACAUCCCUCAUGAGCAUACACCUCUUCCUGGACUUUUUGAUACGACAGAAGAGGAACAAAGGACGGAAAAAGAAGCCUUACUGUUCGAAAAAACAGUUAAUAUCAAGGGAAUGGCUAUGUCUGAUGUGGAGAAAAGUAACAAACGAAAAGCUGAGGAGUUGGUCAAAAGGGAGUCCAACAAGUCACUUAAAGAGAUAAAAGGUGCAGCAGAAGCUUCUACACUAGCCGCUGAAGAGGAUUUGAAACGACGAAAGCUCAACAUCCCCGCGCCAGGAGAGAAAGAAACGACCAGAAACAUAGAGGAGCGCAUCAAACUCAAAUCGAAAGAUAUAAUUGAACUGCAAAAAACGAAUAGUAAUAUCUUCACAUCUCCAGCUGCAUCUCAUGAAGUACCAAGACAAAUUGAUUUUGAACCUCACAAAAUGACACAAAGAAUUCCAAAGAAGAAGCUCGUAGAGCUCAUAUCCAAAUCUCUCGCUAGGUUACCUAAAACCACAAAGAGGGUUCAGUUAGUGUUGCCACAGCUUGAUCUGCAUGAGGAUCUUGUUACUGCAGAACUUGAAGAGGACUCGACCAAUAAGGCGGAAGCCCUCAAGCUUCUUCAACGGGUUGAGGAAGAAAAAGCAAAACUCCGUCGUUCUCAAGUAGUGCAAAGAGAAUACCAUAUCCCGAACCCUAAGACGUUGGUCCUUCCUUCCGAGGAUGGCCUCUCUGACAUUGAAAAGGAAAUUGCAACGGAAUUUCAUGCUGUCAUUAAGUCUGACUACAAAGAGUUUGUGGACUCCCUGGCAAGCGGUAACAUUGUGCACAUUCUAGAGGAAGAAGAGUACAACACGAUUAAGGAUUUGAUUUCAAAGGAGUGCAAGGAUCAAGAGCACGUAAUGAAACAAUUAUUGGAACGUUCAACAAAUUUGCCUCAUACUACAGAUGCCAUGGAUAGGGUCUAUGAUCUCAUCCAAGAAUUGUCGAGCCGAGCGGAAGCAUAUGAAUUCCCUAUUAUGGAUUCUUGGAACAGGUAUUAUGAAGAAGUUCGUUCUCAGAUUGAGGGAAUCAAUGAAAAGUAUGAAAACUUGUCUCAGUUAGACAUUGAGACACGUUUAUACACUUCCAUAGCCGAUCAAGAGACGGAAGCCAUUAAAUGGAGAACAGCAAGAUUGAAGAAAACAAUGGAAGAUAUCUCUAGAGCUGAGACACGAACUUUGAAAAAAAGAGAUAGUCUCUACUAA